CUGAACUUCCGUCUCUCUGGUUUCUUUGUUUAUCAGAAAUUCUACGGUUACUGCUUUAAUAUCUUUUAUUCAGCUCUCCAACAAAUUUGCUGCACUGCUGUCUGCCUUAGCUACCAAUGGAGGUAUUGUUUUGCUAGAUUUAUUAACAGGUCUGUUAGUCCAUAGUUUAUGUCGGUCGUUUUUGCUGUUGUUGCUAUCAGUAUUUUCUGCUUAUCACGCUUAACAAGCUCCUACUUUAUUCACUGUGUAAUUAUAUUAUAAAAAAUCUCUUCCAUUAUAAUACGGACAACAUGAGUUCCUCUAAGUUACAUCCACCUAACAAUGCUCUGAAUGUCCGUGAGAAAAAAAUCUGAGAAGAAUAGAAAAAAGAGAGAAAGAUUUGCUGCUCUGUCGGUAGAAGAAAAAGAAGCUCAUCGAAAGAAAAAUAGAGAUGCGUAUCACAGAAGAAAGUUAAGCAAACUCUUGUCCAAGCCACUUGCUGAACAAUCUCAGCAGAUUUCCAGACCAUCAGAUACUCCAGGCUCUGGUUUACUAGCUAUUUCUAACAACUGUGCUGAUGGUAGCUAUUUCCACCGAUGCAAUAACCUGUUGCCACGGACGAAGAUAUUAAUGUCAGAAUUAAGUGAACAUGGUCGAUGUGUCACAUCUCCAAAUCUUCAUGGAAAUGCAUCUGCUCAGAAAAUUGAUGCGUAUGUCACCAAAAUUGCCUCUCCUAAUCCUCAGCUCUCUGCAUGUAACAGUCAAUCUGGUGGAUCAAAAUUAAAGAACAGUGUGUCUCACUUUUCCACUUAUGAACAAGGUAGUUCUUCAGGCACGAACCACAAGCAUGUCUGCUCACAUCAUACUACUCCAUACACUUCAGCUAACUCAUUUGUCUGUAUGAGCUGCUACAACUUCUCUCCAGAGAGUAUUGAACAAGUUCCAGAACUGUCAUCACUUGUUACACGAUAUCAGGCUACUCGACAGUUACUAGGAUCUACUGCUAACAAAAAUGGAGGUUUAGCCAACACAAAAUCAGUGCUGGAAAAAACUCAGACCGUUAAUAAGACAACUAAGAGACCAAAAGGGAGAACAAAUCCAGAUGGGAUUGGAGCAUUGAAAUUCAUUAACGAUGAACCAGACAUGUUGCCUUCAAAGCCACAUUGCAGUUACUGUGAGGCAAAAAAGUUCCAUUCUGAAACACCAAAUUUUUGUUGUUCUAAUGGUGAAGUGGUUCUCCAGCAAAACAAACUUUCGGAUAUUUUGAUAGAACUAUAUACUGGUCGGUCUGAUGAAGCUGCUUCUUUUAGAACAUAUGUCAGGACAUACAACAACAUGUUUGGCUUCACCUCUUUUGGAGUGCAUUAUGAUAAAUUCCUCUGCAAAAGAACUAAUGGCAUUUACACAUUCAAAGUCCAAGGACAAACUUAUCACUUCAUCAAAGAUCUGAUUCCAUCUGGAGGUUCUGGCGUCUAUCUGCAGCUAUAUUUCCAUGACACAGACCAUGAGUUAGAAAACAGACUAGCUAUAUCACAGAAGCUGACAGAGAGUAUAGUAAAAAAAAUUAUGCAUAUGAUGGAAUCCAAUCCUUACGCUUCUUUUCUUCGAAGCUUAAAACAUGUUCCAGAUCUUGACUCAUACCAGAUAGUACUUAAAUCCCAUUCAGAAAAUGAUCAGAGGGUCUUCAACCAACCAACUGCAUCUCAAAUUGCAGCUUUAUGGGUGGAGGGUCAGGAAUUUAAAGAAGGAUACACGAGACAUAUUCAAAUCUAUACAAAAGAGGGUAAAGACCACCUGUUACAAUACUAUUAUGGAUGCUAUGAUCCAUUGCAGUAUCCACUGUUAUUCCCGCUUGGAGAAACUGGAUGGCAUCCUGGUAUAAGAAGGAUAACUAUGGAAAAUCCAAAGAAGAGAAAGAGAUGCAACAAAAAAGCUAGCUGCACUACUCCUUUUCCUAAUUACAGAUCUGCACAAGAGCUACUAGAUGCUGAGGAGCAAGGUUGUAACGAUCUGGAAAACAAUAAGGAGUUUGUAUCAAUGCGUGAGUAUUAUUCAUAUAAAUUGCAGAUGCGAGAAAAAUAUACUCCAAGUGUACUUAAUACUGGCAGACUGCUACAACAAUAUGUGAUUGAUAUGUAUAUAAAGAUAGAAACCCAGAGACUUGAUUACUAUAAGAAUCGACAAGAAUUAAUAAGAAUAGAGCAGCUUCAAGGUAUAAUGGACAGUGUAGUAGCAGGGCAUUGCCAGGGAUCAAGGGUAGGGCAGCGAGUAAUCCUCCCAGCUUCAUUUAUAGGUGGUCCACGUGAUAUGAGGAGAAGAUAUGUUGACGCCAUGGCUCUUGUACAAAAAUUCGGCAAACCAGAUCUGUUCAUUACAAUGACCUGCAACCCUUCAUGGCCUGAGAUCAAACAACAUAUGCUUCCUACUGAUGAGGCUCAUAACAGACCAGACUUAUUAGCUCGGAUUUUUCAUGCUAAACUUGAUCUUCUCAAAGAAGAACUCUUCAGAAAAGAAAUCUUUGGACCAGUAGCUGCCUAUACCUAUGUAGUUGAGUUUCAAAAACGUGGUCUGCCCCAUGCUCAUUUUCUCAUAAUCUUGAAAGCAGGGUCCAAGCUCUACUCCACAGAAUCUUAUGAUAACAUUGUGAGUGCAGAAAUUCCUGAUAAGAUGCCCAAUCGACAUUUAUUUAAUAUGGUCCGAAAGCAUAUGAUCCAUGGUCCUUGCGGAAAACAAAAUCCAGAUAAUGUUUGUAUGCAAGGAAGUCAGAAGAAGAAGUGCAAAAAUAAUUACCCAAAGCCAUUUGCUGAUACAACCUUCCAUGGAGAGAAUACAUAUCCCACUUAUCGCAGAAGGAAAGAUGGAAAGAAAAUAAUAGUUCGCGGACAUGAGUUGGAUAAUAGAUGGGUAGUUCCAUACAAUGGAUAUCUGUUAGCAAAAUUUGACUGUCAUAUAAAUGUAGAAAUUUGCUCCACAGUGAAAGCCGUGAAGUAUAUAUACAAGUAUAUAUAUAAGGGGCAUGACAGAAUACGUUUUAGAGUAAAUUCAGAUGCUUCUGAUCGACCAGAUUCUAACAUCCAACCAUCUGCAAUUGAUGAAAUAAGGGAAUUCCAGUCGGCUAGAUGGGUAUGUGCAGUAGAGGCAACUUGGAGAAUCUUCAGAUUCCAGCUAAGUGAAAUCCAUCCUUCUGUCAUUCACCUCCAGCUCCACUUAGAAAAUUGCCAAGCAAUGAAUUUCACACCCGAUCAGGACCUUCGAGAUGUGGUGAGGAAAAGGCAUGCAAAAAGAACCAUGUUAACAGAAUUCUUCUAUAUGAAUUCAGUGGACAAACUGGCUCAGCAUCUUAAGUGCACGUACAAAGAAUUCCCAGAACACUUCAUUUGGUACCCUGGCAAGAAGAAAUGGGAACCCAGAAAACAAAAGCAUUCUAUUGGUAGAAUUGUCGCAGCAAGCAUAGGAGAAGGAGAACGUUACUUUCUUAGAUUACUCCUAACACAUGUUAGAGCUCCAACAUCAUUCGAUGACCUCAAGACAAUCAAUGGAAAAUAUAUCAGUACAUUCCGUGAUGCAGCUAUCCUUAGAGGCUAUUUUGAAUCAGAUACGUCGCAGGAGCAAUGUCUUGAAGAAGCUAGCUCGUACCAUAUGCCAUACAUACUGAGAAGGCUAUUUGCAACUCUCCUGGCGGAACAGGCAAAACAUUUCUCUAUCGAGCACUCUUAGCUGAAGUGAGAUCAAAAGGAUUCAUAGCACUUGCUACAGCAUCAUGUGGAGUAGCAGCUUCAAUAUUACCUGGUGGAAGAACAUCUCACUCAAGAUUCAACAUACCAUUAGAUACAACCAAAAAUACCAACUGCAGAAUCAGCAAACAAAGUUCAUCAGCACAACUUCUAAAAUCAGCCAGCCUUGUAAUUUGGGAUGAAGCUCCAAUGAUGAAUAAAAUCUCAAUAGAAGCUGUUGAUAGAUUACUCCAAGAUUUAAUGGACUGCAAUGACUUAUUUGGAUCAAAGGUAAUUGUCUUUGGAGGAGAUUUUCGUCAGGUAUUACCGGUUGUUACUAAAGGCACAAAAGUGGAUUUUAUUGAUGCUUCCAUAGUAAAUUCAUAUAUAUGGCCACAACUUCAUAAACUUCACCUGACAGAGAAUAUGAGAGCAAGACAUGAUCCUGAGUUCAUUGAAUAUCUACUCCGUAUUGGAAAUGGAACAGAGCCUGUUAUCAAUAACAACUCUAUCCAAAUACAUACUGCAUUGCUGAUAAGAUACACAAAUGACGAAGAUUCCAUCACAGAGCUCAGUAAGGCUGUAUUCCCGGAUUUAAUGGCAUUCUUCCAUGAUGAUUUUUCAGCCGUGAACCGUGCUAUACUUACAACAAAGAACGAAUUUGUUGAUGACAUCAACCAGAAAAUCAUACAUCAAUUACCUGGACAGGUCCAAGAAUACAUCAGUAGGGACAAAUGCAUUGACGAUUCUGAACAGACAAUCAUGGAGGAUUUCGUGAAUGCCUUAACACCCAAUGGAUUUCCUCCUCACAGGCUGCUCCUCAAACCACAUUGUCCAAUUAUGUUGCUCAGAAACAUUGAUCCCCCCCAAGGAUUGUGCAAUGGAACGAGGCUCAUCUGCAAAUCUUUAAACUCUAACAUUAUACAUGCAGUAAUAAGUUGUGGAGAGUUCACUGGGAAAGAGGUCUUUCUCCAUCGAAUAUGCUUCAGAAUUGAGACCAAUCCAGACUCUCCAGUAUCUUUUGAACUCAUCCAGUUUCCUGUUCGACCCUGUUUCGCAAUGACUAUUAACAAAGCUCAAGGCCAGACGUUGGAUUUUGUGGGAAUAUACUUACGUGAACCAGUUUUCUCACAUGGACAGCUAUAUGUGGCAAUGUCCAGAGCAAAAAAUAAAAACUCAAUUAAAAUGCUCAUCAAACCACCUAUAUUUGAUCCUGAACAAGACUCAAUAACAAAUAAUGUAGUGUAUAAAGAGGUCCUCGAUUUAGCACAUGAAUGAUUUGCUCACUCACACACGUGCCACUCUAUUAUAUUAUCUGUAUUCUGUUUCUAUAUUUUUUUUCACAAAAUCAUCCACCAAUUAUUCUUUCAAGUUACAGGAAGACAGAAAAGUCAUAGCAUUUGCUGAAAUUAUUCCUGGACUUCGAGAUUGGACAACAAUAGUUCAGGUUCUUGACAAACAGAAGCCGCUCCUAUCAAAAGCAGGAAAUCGCUAUCAGAAGCUUACACUCAUUGAUGGGCAGGGCACCACAGUGGAGGCUAUGAUAUACAAAUCAGACAUAGAAUUCUUUCGCAACCACUUUCGCCUGUAUAUGCGUUACAUGCUGUCCAAUGCAAGAGUUGAAUAUACUCCACUGGAAUAUCGUGUACGUGAAAAUCAAUGUACUUGGUAUAUUGACAACUCCACUGUUGUCCAGGCAAUGGAUGAACCAAAUCCCCCAGAAAUUCCUCCUGUUUUCAGAUUCACUCCUUUCAGAAGAUUCUACCAACACAUUGAUGAUACGUCAGACAUAGAUAUACUUGGCAUUGUCGCAGAGGUCCAUCAACGAUUUCACAAAGGCACUACCCCAACUAGAGAGAUUGUAAUCAUAGACAAAAGCUUCAUGCCAGUCAUCCUAACUCUCUGGGGUGAUCACGAGACAGAUGAAGGCCAAGCAAUUGCCAACAUGAUUCAAUCAAUGCCACUCAUUGUUGGCCUUCGACUGAGAGUUUCAUCAUACCACACUCUAAAUCUCUCAACAAAGUUUGGCUCCAGUGUUUUGGUGAACCCCCCAAUACAACAAGGUUCAAUGUUGAGGCAAUGGGCUAUGGAAAACAAAACACAGAUCAAUGACCUCAUAACACAGAGAGCAUACCUAAACCGAACCAGCCUACUACCACAACCUACAGAAGAUGAGCUCUGCACUAUCAAAGAGUUCCUGAAUUUACCAAUGAAAAAAGCUUAUUGGAUUCAAGGAAGCCCACGAUUCCUUGACAAAAGCCAACGGCUAUGGUAUAAUGCAUGCUCAAACUGUCACAAAUCCUUCAGAGCUAAACCUCAAUGGAAGAUUAUUUGCACUUCCUGCAACAAGAAUGUUAACAUUCUUCCAAGGAGUAGGUUAACCAUAGAGCUGGCUGAUUACUCUGGAAACCUCACACUUGAUUUGUAUGACAAUGAUGCACAGCAACUACUGCCCUUCACACUGCCACAGAUUCAAGAACUCGAAAGCAAGCAUCAGCUUGAUUACACAGCUAUUGAACAGGCUAUUGAGAGUAGUAUCCUCACCUGCUUCGUGAAAAAAAUGACUGAAAAUCGUGGACCUGCCGACACAGAAAAAUACGCAGCUAUCAUAGUGCACAAAGCAAAUGCUGCAGAACUAAUAUCAAGCACUUCUAGAAAUUCAGCUUCAACUUCCACUCCUUCUACAAAUCCACUUACAGCUCCAGAAUCAUCGAACUUGACCACCAGUUCAACAAUUCUCAAUGCAACUGCUCAAAGUUACAGGGGAGCAACAAAUUUGGACAGCAAUUUGUUCACAACACUCAAAAUCACAGAAACUCCAACUAAGAAACAACGCACUGACCCGACUGACAUGGAGCUGUAGAUAUAGUAUAUGCAUCUAUGCUUUUGACCAACCUUUUGAACAUCUGAUGAACUGCCAUCUCCAUCAGUGUACAUAGGCUAUCGUUUGUGGGUUGCUAAAAGGUCUACACCAAGGCAUUAGUCUACCCUACUCCAAACUAUCUGCAUCAAAGCUUUUGACCAACCUUUUGAACAUCUGAUGAACUGCCAUCUCCAUCAAUGUACAUAGGCUAUCGUUUGUGCCUUGCUAAAAGGUCUACGCCAGGGAAUUAGUCUACCCUACUCUAAACCACAGCUCCAAUUAUGUUUUUGAACAUUUUGUAUAGCAUCAUCAGAUAUGUAGCUGUGCUUUUGAAGUGCUGAAAAUGAAAUCAGAUGUCUAACUAUGAUUUUGAAAUACCAUGUAAUUGAUGAAUACUAUUUCACGUUACUGUUAAAAAAUGGUCAGCUCAUUUCUCGAAA